UCGCAAAGGAAGCGUGCUUUGAGUUGCAUAGAAUCCGUUUGAUGAGUCAGCUCGUUUGCUCGUAUAUUCGACGCGGGGUGUAUGAUAGUGUGAAUUCCGGAUUCUGACGAAACUGCGAGGAUUCACUGAUGAAAGUGGCUCAGUUUGGCCACCCGGCGGUGUGUUUGGAGACACCUGGUUGUGGGACGUUUCCCUCGGCGGGCCCGGUGUGUGGGCCGGGCCCGGAAGGAGGUGAAUUCUACGCAAGAAUCGAGGAUCACUUGGUGGACGACUUUGAGCUGCAUCGGGCCUUGCUGCUGAGUGACAAAUGGAGACGACUUUUUGAUAAGUUUGACCCCGAAGGCUUCGGUGAGAUUCCAUGGGAGGACUUUGUGGUGGCUCUGGAAAGCAACGAUUUCCUUGACCAGGUUGACCCGGCCAAACGGGAGAUCUUAACUGCCAAGGCCCUGGAACGCAGAACGACUGCGAUCACCUUUGAUGACUUUGUUGCUGUGAUGAGCGGCAAGCGGUCUAGGAGCUUUAAGAUCGCCGUUCAUCGCCGGGACGACCGACAAGUUUGGCAACCGACAGGCAGCAACAACACACUUCUCUCCGAGAACCAUCAGGACUUUUUCGGCAAGAUGGUCAAGGCCAUCGCCACGGAGUUCCUGCCUGAUGUUCGAGAUCGCAAGUAUUACGCCGACCAUUACACUUGCAAGCCUCCGCCUUUCUUCAUCUUCGUCGUUACACUAGUCGAACUUGGAUUCUUCACAUACUACACAGUAAUAACGGGAGCCGUGACAACAACAGGACCAGUUCCCAUCGACAGCUUCUUUAUCUACCGUCCUGAUAAAAGAAUCGAAGUGUGGAGGUUUAUUUUUUACAUGGUGCUGCAUGCAGGUUGGAUCCAUUUGUUGUUCAACUUGCUUGUUCAGAUGUUGGUUGGGCUUCCUCUAGAGAUGGUCCAUGGGUCUCUUCGAAUAGGCACUGUCUACAUGGCUGGGGUACUGGCAGGUUCCCUGGGUACCUCUGUGUUUGACACGGAUGUCUAUCUGGUUGGAGCAUCGGGUGGUGUCUAUGCAUUACUUGCGGCGCAUUUAGCCAACGUAUUAUUGAAUUAUAAUCAAAUGCAGUUCGGCCUGGUAAGGCUUGUAGGAGUUUUUGUAAUCGUAUUUGUCUUUUGUGCAGCUUCUGCAGAUGUGGGCUUUGCCAUCUACGACCGGUACGCCGCAGAGCAACGAGGCCCACCCGUCUCCUACGUGGCCCACUUGACUGGAGCACUUGCAGGGCUCACCAUUGGACUUCUUGUUCUGAAAAACUUUGAGCAGAAGCUCCACGAACAGUUGUUGUGGUGGCUGGCAUUGGGUGUGUAUGCGGCGUGUACGCUCUUUGCCGUGCUCUUCAAUGUCUUCAACUACUGAACAAUCUACUAUGGUAUUUGAAUGCCUUCACAAAAAUGCGAGAUAUUUAUUGAAACCAAAGAAGGCAACAAAUCUUCUCAGGGAUGGACUGCGUGUGAAAAACUUGUACUUGCUACAACGUGGAAACAUCGUCCCAGUACUUUUUGUUGCAUUUUGCUCCCCUUCUAUUUUCUGCACGAUUAAUUUAUUAAUGUGUCUUUUGGUAGUUGCUUCCACAAGAUCAAGUUGUCUAUAGAGCUUUAUUUAUUUUAUCCAAGGAGUGUAGAAGAAAGGGUGUUUUUAACAUGUAGAGUAUAUACCUCAUUAGUUCCUUCAAUGUGUGUUUUAUGCGAUUAAUUGGAAUCAUUUGAUGGGUUUGCUUUUAGCUAGAAAACCAAUUGCAAACACACAGGAGCGAAGCAAAUACUCUCACAACUGUGCAAAAAGUGGGUUGCUCAUUAGCAUUCCUUUUCAAUUGCUACUACACAAAAUACUACGCCCUUCUAAAUGCCAGUCAUUGUCAUUCCAUUAUUCUUUGUGUGUACAAUUGUGGAACAUUUAGAUGUAGAAAGUAAUUUAUUUCAGAUUAUUAAAACGUUUUGCACAUUCAA